CCUAUUGCAACAUCAUGACCCAUUAUGUUAAUGGCAUCAUCGACGACGCUGACUGAGCAACUUGAUGACUGAGCAUCGAAUGGCAUCGAAGCUCAGAUGACGCCAGUAAUAUAAAGAUGUGAAAAUCCGGGUGUUCAGUAAUUUCAUUCUUCGCAUUCGAUAUGUCGAAAGUCAGCAUAUUCUUUACUGGAGGAACAGGUUACAUUGGGGGCACCGUUCUGUCGCGUCUUAUCGAACACAAAGACUCAAAGAAUUUCGACAUCACAAUUCUUCUUCGUCCUACCAGAUCUCCCGCUGGAUACGAGGCCUUGGGAUUGAAAACUGUCUCGGGAAGCGACUCCGAUUUCGGGCUGUUGAGGGCACAAGCAGCGGCGGCAGACGUUAUCUUCGCCACUGCAGACUGCGACGACCUUCCUGCUGCCCAGGCAAUUCUACAAGGUGCAAAAGAUCGCUACGAAAAGACAGGGAAAGCCCCCAUCCUCAUCCAUACCUCUGGAACUGGUGAACUCGCCGACAACGCGCAAGGGCUGCACGGCACCGAUGUCGUCUAUUCAGACAUUGAUGUCUCUCUCUAUGAAGCUCUUCCCCCAACCCAGCCUCACCGGAAUGUCGACCUCGCUGUUCUCGCUGCGGACAAGGAAGGUUAUGUAAAGUCAUACAUCGUUCUGCCACCAACCAUCUACGGAGUACCCAAUGGUGUCUUACACAAGCAUGGUCUUCAACGCUCGCUCGUUGCCCAAAUCCGCCAACUCGUUGAAGCUAGCAUUGCUAGGAAGCAAGGGGGUGUGCUCGGUGAAGGCAAGAACAUUUGGCCCAAUGUUGAUGUGAACGAAAUGGCCGAUCUGUACUUGAUUAUCUUCGAUUUUGCCCUCUCGCCCUCUUCUCCGCCUCCUGACUUCCAGCAUGGUCGGUCUGGCAUUUACUUUACUGUCAGUGACGAGCAUCAGCUGUACGAUCUCUCCAAGGCCGUGUCUGCGGGUCUCGCUCGCCGAGGCAUCGGAUCCCCUGAGCCCACACCUUUCAGCAAGACUGAAGCGGAACCUUUACAAUAUUCUUUGGGCACCAACUCACGAGUGGACUUUAAGAAAAGCAGAGGCAAAGCCCUAGGAUGGAAACCAACCAAGGGGACAAAGGAUAUGUUGGACUUCGUCGAGUAUGAAAUUGACCGUCAACUGAAGAAGGAUUAGAAUUCUGAAAUGUGUAUUUGUAUUCAACUCACUGUCUACAGCGAACUCCAGCUUCUGUUCGUGUGGACUUUGUCUCAUUGUUCAUACAGUGUUCUUCUAAGCGGUAUUCCCUUUUUUCAGUGGGGGAUCUAAGAUGCGAAUGUCUCAAGCUUGUGCCGGAUUACAGUUUUCAUUGGAUUGUGCAUCUUCGAGAGGUCAUCCUCCUUUUAGUUCCCUGUACCUUCCAUCGCCUGCCUGCAGGUUCGGCCAUAUGCGUCUCUUGCUCAUGAUCC